CAUGGAGGAGCGCUGGCACAAGGUGCUGGUGGCGCUGGUGAUGCUGCUGCUCUUCGGCGGGCUGGUGCUGCAGUACGUGUGCCCGGGCAGCGAGUGCCAGCUGCGGCAGCGCCUGCAGGCGGCCAGGGCGCUGGGCGGCGUCUCGUCCUCUGCGCGUCGGCAGGCCGACCCGUACCGGGUCGAGGACGAGAGCCCACCGCGCUUCGUGCCGCGCCUCAACUUCUCGGCCGAGGACUUGCUGCGCCGCGUGGACUUCAACAUCAAGGGCGACGACCUGAUCGUCUUCCUGCACAUCCAGAAGACCGGCGGCACCACCUUCGGGCGCCACCUGGUGCGCAACAUCCAGCUGGAGCAGCCCUGCGAGUGCAAAGCCGGCCAGAAGAAGUGCACCUGCCACCGGCCGGGGAAGCAGGAGACCUGGCUCUUCUCGCGCUUCUCCACCGGCUGGAGCUGCGGAUUGCACGCCGACUGGACCGAGCUCACCAACUGCGUGCCGGCCGUGGUGGACAGCAAGAAGGACGCCAAACUGCGUCCCACCAGGAAUUUCUACUACAUUACAAUCCUGCGGGACCCUGUGUCCCGGUACUUGAGCGAAUGGCGGCACGUCCAAAGAGGAGCAACUUGGAAGGCUUCCUUGCAUGUGUGCGAUGGGAGAUCGCCCACUUCUGAAGAGCUGCCCAGCUGUUACUCGGGAGAUGACUGGUCAGGCUGUUCUCUGCAGGAGUUCAUGGAUUGUUCCUACAAUCUAGCCAACAAUCGCCAGGUUCGCAUGUUGGCCGACCUCAGCCUGGUGGGAUGUUACAAUUUGUCCGUCAUGCCAGAAGAGCAGCGAAACAAGGUUCUCCUAGACAGUGCCAAGGAGAACCUGAAACGCAUGGCCUUCUUUGGCCUGACGGAAUUUCAAAGGAAGACUCAGUAUCUCUUUGAGAAAACAUUUAACAUGAACUUCAUCUCGCCAUUCACACAGUAUAAUAGCACAAGGGCCUCCAGUGUAGACAUUGAUGAAGAGACUCAGAGGCGCAUUGAGGCCCUCAAUUUUUUAGACAUGGAGCUAUACGAUUAUGCAAAAGAUCUCUUUCUGCAAAGGUAUCAGUACAUGAGACAGAAGGAACACCAGGAAGCCAGGAGGAAGCGUCAGGAGCAAAGGAAAAAGGCCAAACAGAGUACUGAUUUGGAAGCCAGAACAGAAUUGCAAAUUGCAGAAGAGACAAACUCUGCUUCUUUAGCUGUUGAAGAAUGCAAACAGUUCUCCUGUGGCCUUCGCCGAAUGCUUUUGCAGUCAAUGUUGUACCGUAUGUGGGUUAACCUUUAAUCUCGGUGUGUCUCAGAUCUGUCCCUUUAAAAAAAAUAAAUAAUAUCGGUCUAUUAUUAAGUGGAGCAAAUAAAACCCAAUAUUGCUAUCCGAAACUUUCUUUGGGCUUAUGGAAACAAAAACGUGUCAAGGCCUAGGAUGCUGAGGAAAUAACUCUUUAGAUGUCUGUGGCGGGUUGUCUUCUGUGGCCCUCCAGGGAAAUCCCCGAAAUAUUUUUAGAGAUGAGAUAGAAAGAAUAGUAACAAACAGCCAGAACUUCCUGUACCAAACUGAAAGCUGUCUCAUUGGGGGCUCAUGUAUCUCUACGGUGGAGCCCUAUACCCCUAUGUCCUUUACACCAUCCAUUUGACUGAAGGCCAGUUCAGUUUAAUACCGGAAGUGCUGAUAAGGUCUACAGUGAGCUUGUACUGACUGGAUGCAGCCUGUGGGGGCUGUUGAGGGAAUGGCCAUAGUGAGUCCCGUUUCAAAUUGUCCCCUUGGGGCAACAAACUGCACCCCCUCCCCCAUCAUACUACAUUCCUGUAUUUGGCAAAGUCUUUAGAGCAGUCACAGCUCUCGUCCCUGCCAUUUGGAAGUUAAAGAAACUCAUGAACAAAUUACUAGUUCUUGGCUAAGCCCGAUGGGGGAAAUCUAACUGGUUUCUAGUAGGGAGGCAUUAAUACCGUACAUGCAAAAUGAUUUGUCUCAGCAGAAUAUCUCUUUCCCCCCCACCCUUGAUAUUUGGUUUUAUUUCCUUCAUAUAUUUUCAAUGACUGCCAUCUGUGUAUGGCACGUACCAAAUAUAAAUGGCAGCAAAUGGGAUAUCUGUAGAAGAAAACGUUGACUGAUGUUUGCGUAUAUCAGCUUUUAACGAAGAAUAGAAAGAGCUUGUCUAGUAAUUAUAAAUAUUUUUUAAAAA